AUAAUUGGUAGUUUUUCCAGAAUGUUUUUAUUUUAAAAUAAAUAGAAUACAAACACAAAGUGUUUUGUUAUUAAUAGUUUUUUCCUACAGUUUCAGUAUAGGUAUGAAUGAAUACAGUCGGAGUUUCAGCAUGUGCGUGUGGAUGAUAAGGAGGGCAGCAGUGUGCAGUCACAUGAUGCAGUGAGAGGCUGAGAUGUGAGCGAUCGAGAGACUCAGUUCAGUUCAUUCUGCACUUACUCAUCAUCUUGUUUCAUGUUCAGGCUCUUUGAUUGGACAUCCUGUAGGAAGGAUGACUGGAAAAACUCAAACCAGCAACAUUACAAACAAGACAGAUCCUCGCUCUCUCAAUUCCAGGGUGUUUAUUGGUAACCUCAACACCACUGUGGUGAAAAAGACUGACAUUGAACUCAUUUUUACUAAGUAUGGAAAGAUCACUGGCUGCUCUGUGCAUAAGGGCUUUGCUUUCGUUCAGUAUGCCAGCGAGAGGAACGCUCGUUCUGCAGUGGCCGGAGAGAAUGCCAGGGUACUUGCUGGACAAACCUUGGACAUCAACAUGGCCGGAGAGCCCCGUCCUUAUAGGCCGAAAGUGGGAUCAAAACGUCCCUUUUCCUUAUACAGUGGCUAUGAAUUUGAUUAUGAUUUCUACAGGGAUGAUUUUUAUAACAGGAUUUUUGACAUUCAUGGGCGAUUGGCACCUUCCCCUCGGGCUAUUAUACCUAUCAAGCAUUCACGUGUGGUCGCUCUCUCAACAACACGUAGGACAAAAAACUCUUUCCAGCCAAAGAUGUCCAGUUGCGCUUCUUAUCUUACAUCAAUAUCAUCAGUAAAACCUGACCAGCUCCUGACAAUCAAGCAAGAACUGUCUCAGAUCAAGCUGAAGAUUGACUCCUUACUGGGAAGGUUAGAGAAGAUUGAACGCAAGCAGUUUGCAGAGGCAGAGGCCCAGAGGAGGCAUGAAAAGGCCCAUCAAUCCCUCUAUAGUGAGGCAGCAGAGGAUUCUGGAGAAGAUAUGGAUCGGGAGCUUCAGGAAGGAAGGUCUUGGAAAGUGAUUGAUGAAGGUGAUGAUGGCUAUGCUGACAGUGUUACCAAUGAACUGAUUGAAAAUCACAUAUCUGAUGUAGACAACUGAACAGGUUUGGGGUUUUCUUUCUCUUACUUCUUUAGGACUGAGACCAGCAUCUAUCAAGUUGUAUUUUUGAAGAUGUCUGUUUGGAAACUGUCAGCUUUUCUGUGUUCUGUAAACAUUUUAGUUUAAAUGGUUUUUAUUCAUGAAUAAAGAAAAUUGACAAACAUACACAAUUCCAGCAACUAAACAUCAUUUGUAAAAUUAAUUUAUUUUAUGUAGAAAAACGACUUACUUACAGUAAGUGCCGUUGUCGUGUUUGUAAAUAAAAUGUAUAUACACUGUAUGUGCACAAGAUUUAAAUGGACACUGAAUAAAUAUACAUAAUACAUUUGAAUAAUGCUUAUUUGAUGCACCUUCAUGUAGAAAUAAACUAAU